GUUCGCUCCCAGGAGUCUCCGCAGAGAGACCGCCUUAAACUGCGGGACAGUAGCGUGAACACGCCACUAUUUCUCUUGUAGUUUAGUGGCAAAGCGCGUGCUAGAAACCAAGAUGUUGCGAGAUCGAAUCACGGAAGCUUUCCAGUACUUCAUCUUUUUAUGAUGUAACGGCACGUAGUUCGCCGCGCGGAAUGCCGCUCGGUCUUAGGCGCCCUGUCACGGAUUGUGCGACCCCUCCCUAUGGCAUGGGUGUGUGUGUUGUUCUUAGCAUAAGUUACUUUAAGUAGUGUGUAAGUCUAGGGACCGAUGACCUCAGCAGUUUGGUCCCAUAGAAAUUCACACACACAUUUUUGACACGUGGUUCGGAUUCCACGUCAAUCUGCGGGUCCGCUUUCCCCGAUAGUAUGCGGUAGGUCAGGUGCAUCCAAGUCGCCCAGGUGACGUCCAAUUGAAAGACUUGCAACAUGCCGAUGAAAAACACGAAACUAUUAUAAUUAUCUAACUGGCACCGUUCAGUUCUGGGCUAGGCAAGGUGUGUUGACAUACUGUCUAUACUAUAGACUCUAUAUCCUCGUGUUGAUGCGACUCGCGUGCGCUGCGCAGUGAGUGUGUUGCAAAUAUGGGCCGCAGCGCGGCGCUUUCGCUGCCCCACCUACGGAGUCACGUGCUCGCCAGUCCGCGGGAAAUUAGUGCUGCGGCCCUCUAGCUGCUGGCUCGCGGCUUCUGAGGUCAUGGGGUUCGUCCGGAUGUCAACCGCCCUGUGGCUUCUGAUUUCACUCACGGUGAUAGUGGCAGCAGACCAACAAUGUGUACCAAAAUACUAUGGUGACAACAAGAUUGUCUGUGUCUGCAAUGCGACAUACUGUGAUACUGUUGAUAAACCAGCACCUGUUCCUUCAGGCCAAUAUUUGCUCUACACUUCAACUGAAGACGGCUUACGAUUCAGCAAGAGCACUGGUUCAUUUACUUCUUCCAGAAACAUUUUUCGUUUCAAGCUGACUGUUGAUCCAACUACCACAUAUCAAACAAUACAUGGCUUUGGGACUGCGUUCACUGACUCAGCUGGGAUAAAUGUAGCUUCUCUUUCCAAUGGUUCUCAGAUAAACCUCAUGAGGUCUUAUUUUUCAACCUCUGGGAUUGAACUAAAUAUGGGAAGAGUGCCAAUAGGUGGCUGUGACUUUUCUACUCAUGCAUAUUCAUAUGAUGAUUAUGAAAAUGAUACAAGUCUUUCACACUUUAGUUUAACAGACGAAGACUACAACAUAAAGAUUCCCUUGAUAAAAUGGGCUCAGGCUAUCAGAGGUCAGAACUUGAAGUUGGUUGGUGCUGCAUGGAGUCCUCCAAAAUGGAUGAAAACAAACAAUGAUUUUGUAGGAUUUUCUCUAUUAAAGGAUGAAUAUUUCCAGGAAUGGGCAGACUACCACGUAAAAUUUCUUGAUGCUUACAAAAACAUGGGCCUUGAAUUCUGGGCAGUGUCUACUGGAAAUGAGCCAUCCAAUGGAAUAAUUCCUAUAAAUAGAUUUAAUUCACUUGGAUGGAGUCCAAAAAAGCAAAGAAAAUGGAUUGCUGAAAAUUUUGGGCCUGCACUUCGUGCUUCUCAACACAGCAGCAUUAAACUCCUUGUGCUUGAUGAUCAACGGUUUUUGUUGCCUUGGAUGGUGAACCUUCUAAUGGAAGAUGAAAAAGUGCAAAACUAUGUUGAUGGUGUUGCUGUGCACUGGUACUGGGACACUUUUCUUCCAGCUUCACUGCUAAGCCUAACACACAACAAGUACCCUUCAAAAUUUAUUAUAGCAACUGAAGCCAGCAUUGGUGACAAACCAUGGGAUAUAACUAAAGUUGUGCUUGGUGAAUGGUCAAGAGGUGAACAGUACAUGGCUGACAUAAUUCAAGACUUGACACACUGGGUCACUGGUUGGAUUGACUGGAAUCUUGCUUUGAAUCCUGAAGGUGGUCCUAACUGGGUGAACAACUAUGUUGAUUCUGCAGUUAUUGUGAAUACAACAAGUGAUGAGUUCUAUAAGCAGCCAAUGUUUUAUGCUAUGGGACACUUUUCCAAAUUUGUUCCUGAAGGAUCAGUGAGAAUCAGUAUUGAGCCAAAUGACAAGAGUGGACUGAAGAGUGUGGCAUUCAGAACUCCAGACAAUGCUACAGUCAUUGUCAUGUACAAUGAGAAAAACAGUGAUACAAAGAUACAGCUUGUGGAUCCAGACCGUGGCAACAUUGAUCUUACCAUCCCAAAGCGAUCUUUCAACUCUCUUUUGUACUGGUGAUGUGCUUGAAGAAAGACUUAAAAUGUGGGAUAACAGAGAUAAAGACCAAAGAUGCUCAGGAGUAAACUAUUUAUUGAGUGUUUUUCUUUAUAAAAAACGUUAGACAUCACUCUUUACUUAUGAGAUGCAAAAGACUGUUAUUAAUGUGCAUAUAGUCAUACUAUGUUGUACUAGGACAGUAAAAUACAAAAUACAUUUUUACUACUAAAUAAUAAAUGUAGCCUUUUUCGUGACAAUAAGAAAACCAGAAGUAAAAUCUAUGACUGCAUAAAUGUAUGUAAGCAAACUGACAACCUUCAAGAAUGUGCUGUUAUAUAUCAAUUGAUUAAAAUCAAAAGUACAGUCGAAGUGAAUUGUGAA